GGGAGCGGCCGGCCGGGGCCGGGAAACUGGCCGGGGUGGGGCUUUGGCUCGUUGAAAGGGGGCUCGAGGCGAGAUUGGCCCCCCGCAGGUGGAGAGAAUCGAGGGACCCGCGGGGGCGAAGCUGGAGCUCCCGGGUGUGGGGCUGAAGCAGAGGAGGGCUGGGGCGCUUCUGCACCGGGUGUGAGUGCUGAGCAAUGAAUAAACUACGGCAGAGUUUUAGGAGAAAGAAAGAUGUCUAUGUUCCUGAAGCCAGUAGGCCGCACCAGUGGCAGACGGAUGAAGAAGGAGUUCGGACAGGCAAAUGCAGCUUCCCAGUUAAGUACCUGGGACAUGUGGAAGUGGAUGAAUCGAGAGGAAUGCAUAUAUGUGAAGACGCUGUGAAGCGACUGAAAGCAGAAAGGAAGUUCUUCAAAGGCUUCUUUGGAAAAAGCGGAAAGAAGGCAGUAAAAGCAGUCCUGUGGGUUUCAGCAGAUGGACUCAGAGUUGUUGAUGAGAAGACAAAGGACCUUAUAGUUGAUCAGACGAUAGAGAAGGUUUCUUUCUGUGCUCCAGACAGGAAUUUUGACAGGGCAUUUUCCUAUAUCUGUCGAGAUGGCACUACACGGCGCUGGAUCUGUCAUUGCUUUAUGGCAGUAAAGGACACGGGAGAAAGGUUGAGUCAUGCAGUUGGCUGUGCAUUUGCAGCCUGCUUGGAGCGAAAGCAAAAGAGGGAGAAGGAGUGUGGGGUGACUGCCACUUUUGAUGCCAGCAGAACGACAUUCACAAGAGAGGGAUCAUUCAGGGUUACUACAGCAACUGAACAAGCAGAACGAGAGGAAGUCAUGAGACAGAUACAAGACACUAAAGCUGAAACAGAUGCAAAGACAGCUGCUUCAAGUGUUGUACCUGGCAAUAGAGCUCCAUCUCCGAGUUCCCCAGCCUCUCCUCCUGCUGAUGUUGCCGCCUCUGUUGACAAAGAGACAAAUAACCCGCAUGCUAUCCCGCGAAGGCACGCUCCCAUAGAGCAGCUUGCCAGACAGGGCUCAUUCCGAGGCUUCCCUGCACUAAGCCAGAAGAUGUCCCCAUUUAAACGCCAGCUCUCUUUGCGAAUUAACGAGUUGCCUUCAACAGUACAAAGGAAGACAGACUUUCCCAUGAAAAACUCGGUUCCUGAAGUCGAAGGGGAAGUGGAUAGCAUUAGUUCCCUCUGCUCCCAGAUAACGAAUGCAUUCAGCACGCCAUCGGAGGACCCAUUCUCCUCGGCUCCCAUGACGAAACCAGUCACUGCAGUUGCGCCACAGUCUCCUGCUUUUCAAGUUAAUGGCACUGCCUCUGCCUUCAGUGUGCUUGCUGCUAAACCAUCUCAAACUACUGUAGCACCCACAGCAAUACCAGUUCGUGAAACCAAUCCUUGGGCUCAUGCCCCUGUUGCUCCAGCUGCUGCUAAAACUGGAGCCGCAGCCACUCUUUCUGGUGCUGAAUGGAGCCCCAACUCGGGGACUGCCUCACCAAAUCUCUUUCAGGCAAACCACAGACGCACUCCUUCGGAGGCAGAUCGCUGGUUGGAAGAGGUAUCCAAAACUGUCCGAGCACAGCAGCCCCAGCCACAACCGCAGCCUCCAGCUCCUCAGCCACUCCUUCCACCUCCUCCUGUGGUUUCUCAGGCAGCUCCAGCUUUUCCAGCCAACACCUUCAUUGCACCUCAGCCAGUGCCCAUUGGUGUGGUGCAGCCAAUGCCGCCUACAUUUAUCCCAGCUCAGCCAUAUGCUGUAGCGAAUGGAAUGCCCUAUUCUGCUCCCAGUGUACCGGUGGUUGGAAUCACCCCUUCGCAAAUGGUAGCCAAUGUUUUUGGCACUGCAAGCCACACUCAAAUGUCCCACUCACAUCAGUCGCCCAGUCUUAUAAAACAACAGACAUUUCCUCAGUAUGAAACUAACAGCGCGACUGCCAGCCCUUUCUUUAAGCCUCCUACGCAGCAGCUCAAUGGCUCAGCUGCUUUCAAUGGUGUAGACACUGCCAAAUGGCCCACAGAGGACAACCAUGUACAGCCACCUGCAGCGGCCCAGCAGGUAGAUCCAUUUGAAGCACAGUGGGCAGCACUCGAAAGCAAAUCCAAGCAGCGCACCAACCCAUCUCCAACUAAUCCUUUCUCAAGUGAAUUACAGAAAACGUUUGAGAUUGAACUUUAAUCAGUCAUGUGGCUUGUGCUUCGUCUGCGUGUUUGUGUAUUGGGAUUGGAUGGUAGGGAUAGGGGGAGGGGGAAGCAGGGACCUCUGAGCAGCAGAAUCAAUUGCUGAUGUCCCUAUAAUCAGAAUGGGCAUACAGAGGGAGCAAUCAUGGGGAGAAAGGCUCUGAGUCCCACCCACAUAGGUAUUGGGAUCUAAUCCAGGAAACAUAUCCAUACCGCCUUCCUGCUCGAGAGCCUGAACAGCAAAGGAAACCUCAGAAGGGCUGAAGAUGGGAAUUGAGCCCUGAAGCCCUUUUUUUCCACACAAACUUCAGAUGACCUCAUAAGACGAUAAGCAGGCAUAGUGGCAAGUCACUAUCUUUAGGGGGGUUCUCCCUUCCUGUGAGUGACCCAUUCCACUGGGGGGGGGAGAGAAGAAGAAGGGUGGGGUAAAGACACAGUGGUGAAUGGGUAGGAGGGGAAAAUGUGAGAGCUGCUCAGCAUAUGCUGUAUAUGGAAAAGGAUGAGCUUCCAUUUUGAGUACCACAAUGAUUAUUAUAUAUAAAAAUAAAAUAAAGCCAAAAUCUUUAUUUUUAUGCAUUUUAGAUUUUAAAUAGUUCUAGAUAUUAAAAGCUGAAUGAGUUGUAAGUAAUCUUGCCAAAGGUAUAAAAGGGGGUUGGAUGUAAAAUUGUACAUAAGAUUGAUUUUAUCACUGAUUCUAACAAUCAGUUAUACGGGAGUAGGGUGCAGAGCGGAGUUCCUAGCUUGUACUUGUAUGUUCAUUGUAAGUAGCAUUUUGCAACAACAAUCAUGAAUCAUGACCAAUUUAAAAAAAAAAAUCACUAUAGAAUAGUUUAAGAGCAGUAUUGUCUUGGUUUGAAAACAACUGUUAAAUUCUCUCUUUUUUUUAAAAGGACUCAAACGAGAUAUUAGACUACAUAUAGAUUAUUUCAUGUAUUGCUGCAGUUUCCUUGUCUUAACACUACUGUGACAACUGUAACCAUUUCUCCAAUCCGGUCUGUUUAGGAACCCAUUUUAUGUAUAUUGAAUAGAUUUUCAGUUAUAUGUUAGGCUUUCCCCCACUGUUCUAUGUGAACGCUUGUGGCUAGACUGCAGCUAUUCCAUGUUCUUCCUCUGGCAAAUCAUGAAAUCAAUCUCAUUUUUAAUUUUACUUUUAAAACUUGGCCUUACAAGCAAAUGUAAGUUAUAUAUUUGUACUGAUGAUUUAUAAUCUGCUUUAACAGAAAUAAAUGUUGGUAGUAGAUGA